GCAGAGGGAAGCUUCUCUCCGACAGGAGCUGUAGAAGCAGGAGCUGUCUGUCUGCUCGGCAGGUUCAACCCAUCACCGGCGGGGGCGGCUGCACCUUCUGCCCGCGGACGGACCUGAACCAGUCGGGCUCGCCCUCCUUAUGGGCUCACCAUGCGCAGGAUACGGGCCAACGCCAUCGCCAUUCUGACCGUCGCCUGGAUCCUCGGAACGUUUUAUUACCUGUGGCAGGACAACAAGCCCGCCUCGACGCCGUCGUCGUCCGCGUCUCAGGCUCGCGGCAGGAGCCACGGACAGAAGCUGGCCCCCGGUCGGCUGGAGAUCCACCGGGACGACAGAACCAUCCCGCUGAUUGUGACUCAGCCUCCGCGAACGGAGCAGCAGAGCCAGCUGCUGGGCAGCUUUGAUGAGAAGGCCUACCUGUCAGCCAAGCAGCUCAAACCGGGGGAUGACCCAUACAGGGAGCAUGCCUUUAACCUGCAGGAGAGCGACCGUCUUGGCAGUGAACGGGCCAUCCGAGACACUAGACACUACAGAUGCGCAUCUUUGACCUAUGAUGCAGACCUUCCUGCCACAAGCAUCAUCAUCACUUUCCACAAUGAAGCUCGCUCUACUCUACUUCGCACCAUCAAAAGUGUCCUGAUGCGAAGCCCUCCGUCUCUUAUUCAAGAAAUCAUCCUUAUAGAUGACUUUAGCACAGACCCUGAGGACUGCCAGCUGCUCUCCCAGAUUCCCAAAGUGCACUGCCUGAGGAAUAUCAGGAGAGAGGGAUUGAUCCGAUCUCGAGUGAGAGGAGCCAACACGGCCUCUGCCACUGUUCUGACCUUCCUGGACAGCCACUGUGAGGUCAACGCCGACUGGCUGCAGCCGAUGAUCCAGAGAGUCAAGGAGGACCAUACACGAGUGGUCAGCCCCAUUAUUGAUGUGAUCAGCCUGGAUAACUUUGCUUACUUGGCUGCGUCUGCUGACUUAAGAGGAGGAUUCGACUGGAGUCUCCACUUCAAAUGGGAGCAGAUUCCCAUCGAGCAGAAAAUGGCGAGAAGCGAUCCCACACAACCCAUAAGGACUCCUGUCAUUGCGGGAGGGAUCUUCGUCAUGGACAAGAGCUGGUUCAACCAUCUGGGCCAGUAUGACACCCACAUGGAUAUCUGGGGCGGUGAGAACUUUGAGCUCUCGUUCCGAGUGUGGAUGUGCGGAGGAAGUCUAGAGAUCCUUCCCUGCAGCCGCGUUGGUCACGUGUUCAGGAAACGUCACCCUUACGACUUCCCAGAGGGCAACGCUCUUACCUACAUCAAGAACACCCGACGGGCUGCGGAGGUGUGGAUGGAUGAAUAUAAACAGUACUACUACUCCGCAAGGCCGUCUGCUCAGGGCAAGGCUUUUGGCAGCAUUGCAGAUCGCCUGACACUGCGGCGGAAACUGAAUUGCAAACCUUUCCGUUGGUACAUGGAGAACGUCUAUCCGGAGCUGAGGGUUCCUGAGCAGGAAGCCGUGUCCAGUGUGCUGAAACAAGGCGGUUUGUGUCUGGAGACCCGUGGGAGGGAAGGCCUGGGACUGGCAGAGUGCAGGGGAGCCGGAACCAACAGGCCGCAGUCACAGAAAUGGGAGCUGGCGGAGCCACUGAUCCGGCAGCAGGACUUAUGCCUGGCCAUUUCUGCCUUCACAGCGGGGUCAAAGGUCAGGAUGGAGCCCUGCAACUCAAAGGAGCCCAGACAGAAGUGGAAGCCAAAAGGUCCAGCUCUUCAGCACAUGGUGAGCGGCCUCUGCCUCGACAGCCAGAGCACGAACGGUCCUCUGGUCAUCACGCAGUGUCGCCCGCAGAUGGCCGGCCAAUCAUGGGAGCCACAAGUUAUCGCCUGAGGAGGGUUCUGGAAAAGGACACUGGGUGGAGUUCUGAGUUCUUGCUGAGGGACGGAAGAAAUAAAACACUACUUUUUCCCCAUGUCAACCUCUGGCUGCUCAUUUUAAGGCCUUGUUGAGACAAACCACAUGAGGUCUUCUGUGUACAGUGCUUCAUCCUACGAUGAUGCGGUGAAUCUUCUAUGUAUUCUAAGCUUUCCAAUGAAAAUGUUGCACUUUUCACUUCUUUGUUUCUGUUUCGGCUUCAGCCCAUAAUGCCCUUUCAUUUGGAAGCGAUCUGAGGAGUGCAAACAUUUACUGUUAAGCUGCACCCAAACAAAUCUUCGAUUAAAGUCACUGCUUUUGUAAAGCGGCCUAGUUUUAGGGGGCGGGAAUUACCAUGAGGACCAAAGCGGCUCUGUACAUAUAGCCCAGAAAAGAUUGGAGCUUCCUUUUCUUUUCUUUUUCUUUUGGCUGAUUGGCAAAAUCUUUGUCAUUAUUUAUUGUUUCGCACAGUGACUUUCAAAACUGUUUCAUUCCUCCUUCUGGUUCCGUCUCUAUAAACUGUUAUGUAAAUAUCCGAAGCCGGUUACUGUUUUUUGUGUAAUCUAUUUGUCGUUUUAAAAUAACGUGGUUACAAAGACAUUAGCAUUGAACACAUUUGUAAAAUAAAGUUAAUGGCUGCAUAUAAUAUUGAUACAAUAAC